AUGAGCAAAACCAUACAACGAUGCGAGAUCGAAGAACGGAUUUCAAAGGGCCAGGCUAUCGUUAUUUAUCGUGGAUACGCUCUGAGACUUGAUAAAUGGAUCAAAUUCCAUCCUGGCGGUGACAAGGCUAUCCACCAUAUGAUUGGAAGGGAUGCCACUGACGAAAUGAAUGCGUAUCAUUGUGAUGAGACCGUUGCUCAGUUUUUGAGAUGGAAAAUAGGCACAAUUGAAGGAGAUUGGGUGAAUUACGUUCCUCCGAUCCAAGGCGGCGUGUUCGACUCUAAGCCAAACGUCGUCGAACCUGAACACCAGAAAAACGAUAUCAAGAUGUGUGGCGAACCUGCGGUUAAAAUUGUUCCUAAAAUGCCCCAAGGUGUGGUGCCAUCUUUGGAUAUGACAGAAGCUUUCGAGCAGCAUAUCGUAGUGGAUCGAGCCCUAAUGCCAGCAGAUCGCUACGACGAUGCUCUUGUGCGAAAGGACUUGGCAUCCCUGCCUAGUCUCGAUGCUGCAACCCAGCAAUGGCUUUCCCGUGAGUAUAAUGACAUGCAUCAAAAAAUCAUUGCUGCAGGUUUAUAUCAAUGCGACUAUUAUCGCUACGCUAAAGAAUUGACACGUAUAAGCAUUCUUUUCGGCUUGUCGUUUCUUCUGUUAUUUGCAUAUCACCGUAACUUUUGGAGUGCGAUUUUCAUGGGCGCCGCAUGGCAGCAGCUUGUAUUUAUCGCGCACGACGCAGGCCAUAUUGGCAUUACUCACAAUUAUCAAGUCGACAACAUCAUCGGUAUGCUAGUUGCAUCGUGGAUUGGAGGGCUUUCACUUGGAUGGUGGAAACGGAAUCACAAUGUCCACCAUUUGGUUACCAACGACCCGGUCCAUGAUCCAGACAUUCAACACUUGCCCUUCUUUGCUGUGAGUACACGACUCUUCAAUAACGUUUACUCCACAUAUUACGAACGAUUCUUGUGGUUCGACGCACUAGCACGCAAAACUAUUCCCCUUCAGCGUUUCCUCUACUACCCCAUCCUGAGCUUUGGCCGCUUCAACUUGUAUCGCUUGAGUUGGAUGCAUGUAUUGCUGGGACUUGGACCUCGGCGAGGCAAAGCUGCGUGGUUUCGAUACUUUGAGCUUGCCGGUUUGACAUUUUUCAAUUACUGGUUUUUCUACUUGGUGUGUGGCCGAGGGCUUUCAACAACAUGGGAUCGUGUACAGUACGUGUUGGUUUCACAUAUUACGACCAUGAUUGUACAUGUCCAAAUCACAUUAUCGCAUUUUGCGAUGUCUACGUCGGAUUUGGGAGUUGCAGAAGGUUUUCCAAUGCGUCAAUUACGCACAUCAAUGGAUGUGGAUUGUCCAAGAUGGCUCGAUUUCUUCCAUGGUGGCUUACAGUUUCAAGUAGUGCAUCAUUUGUUCCCCCGGUUGCCGCGACACAAUCUGCGCGCCGCACAGCCCUUUGUGAUUGAAUUUUGCCGGAGGGUGGGUUUGAAAUACUCUAUCUAUGGUUUCACUAAGGGGAACGAAGUGGUUCUUAGCAAAUUAGAGGAAAUCGCUUUGCAGGCAAAGACUAUGCUGGAUUGUGCAAAGACUAUGAAUGCUCGAAACUCAGCCGAAUAG